GCAACAGUGUUCAUUUGUAGUACAUCGAAGCUAAAUUAAAACGGAAAAAAAAAAAAGAAACUCUCUCCCGAAAUUCUUACAUGGUAUCAAAAAACCCGAACCCGGCCGUGGGAUUUUUCCUGGAUCCGACUGGAAUGGCGUUGUCAGGACUGGGUCCCUUCGCCUCCACCGAUGCAGCGGCGGCGUCUACGGUUUCAUCUUCCGAUGAUCCGAAUAAGAAAAUCCGAAAACCCUACACCAUAACCAAGUCCAGAGAGAGCUGGACUGAACCCGAACACGACAAGUUCCUCGAGGCUCUCCAGCUAUUUGAUCGUGACUGGAAAAAAAUUGAGGCCUUUGUCGGGUCAAAGACUGUUAUUCAGAUUCGUAGUCAUGCUCAGAAGUACUUUCUAAAGGUCCAGAAGAAUGGGACAAAUGAACACCUACCUCCACCUCGACCUAAAAGGAAAGCAGCACAUCCAUAUCCUCAGAAGGCCUCAAAAAAUGCUCAUACGCAAUCACAAGUACCGGGGUCUUUUCAGUCAUCAACUGCUUUAGUUGACACUGGCCAUGUUCUAGGAUCUGAUCCCUCAUUGAUGCUUAUGGACCCUAUUGCUACUGCUGCAUCAUCUUCCUGGACAAACAGUGAACCGACUAUCAGUUUCUCACAAGCUAAAAAAGGUCCUGUGAUUGCCAAUAAGCCUUGUGGUAGCGUCGAUAGUACCCUUAAGACUCGAGAAACCGGGGAAAUAACUAAUCAGGGAAAUCAUGGCCAUGCACUAAGAGUGUUGCCUGAUUUUGCUCAAGUAUACAGUUUUAUUGGUAGUGUCUUUGAUCCGAACACUACUGGUCAUCUGCAGAAACUUAAAAAGAUGGAUCCCAUAGACGUUGAAACUGUGCUGUUGUUGAUGAGAAACCUCUCCAUCAAUCUGACAAGUCCUGAUUUCGAGGAUCAUAGAAAGCUGCUUUCUUCCUACGAGAUCGACACGGAGACAAUCCACCAUGGUGGUGCAUGUCAAGCUGGUACUUGAUACUUAUCGGUGUAGAAGAAUUACAUAACAAGGACCACCGGCUGCUUCCCGAAUAAAUUUCCCCGUUCUGCGGUAAUGUAUAUAGAAGAGAAGGUAAAAGAAGUGGGUACAGCAGAAUGAAAGGAGAAGAAUUGCGAAGAGAGUGUACAGUGCUUAUCCUUUUUUUGGUUUUUGAAGGGGUAUUUUGGUACAAUGCCCUGUCUUCUGUAUUUAAGUUUUGACUGCUUGUUUUAUGGUGAAAUGCUAUGUUUGAUAUAUGGACCACAAAAUGCUGCUCUGCUUUGGCUUAUAUACAAGUUUUUUUUUAUUGUUUGUUA